ACCGUCUUCAAAACAGUUUUCUUGGAUUACUAUUUUGACCUUCUUACCUAUUUGAACGACCGCAAGCAAAGAUUGCAGAAGUUCAAGGACGAUAUGAAGACUCGAGGAGUAGGUCCGGGUGAGCAAGACCGAGAUUGGAAGUAUCUUUGCGGAAAGGAACGAGCGGCUCUGCGGAAAAGACGGACUCGCAUCCGUUUGGCAAACUUCAAUAUCGUCACUCAGGUCGGCCAAGGUGGAUAUGGUCAGGUUUACUUGGCAAAGAAGAAUGACACCAAAGAAUUCUGCGCGCUCAAGAAAAUGAGCAAAGCCCUCCUGCACAAACUUGGCGAAGUCAACCACAUCCUCACCGAGCGUGACAUCCUCACACGCACGGACAGUCCUUGGCUCGUCAAGCUUCUAUACGCAUUCCAAGACUGCGAUCAUGUAUACUUGGCGAUGGAGUAUGUGCCUGGCGGCGACAUGAGGACGUUGCUGAACAACUCUGGAGUACUGCGAGAGGUGCAUGCACGAUUCUAUGUCGCCGAGAUGAUUGUGGCGGUUGCCGAAUUGCAUCGACUGGGGUACAUUCACAGGGACCUCAAGCCGGAGAACUUCUUGAUCGAUGCAACGGGGCAUCUGAAGUUGACGGACUUUGGACUCAGUCGUGGUGCACUGAGCCCAUCUAUCAUGGACUGUCUCAAAGAGAAGCUUGAUAAACUAAAAGACACCCCAUUGACACAUCGAUCGAUUGCGGAUAGACGCAGCAUUCACAAAUCGCUGCGGAGGGAAGAUAUGCUGGCAUACUCCCUCGUCGGAUCUCCGGAUUACAUGGCGCCUGAGGUUCUCACAAACAACCAAGAAGGUUACGGUCUUGCAGUUGACUAUUGGAGCAUCGGUUGCAUCCUGUUUGAAUGCUUAGCAGGAUACCCUCCCUUCACUGCACCAACGACGGAUGAUGUAUGGGUAAAUGUUUACCACUGGGAAAAAGUACUUGAGCGGCCACGCUACAGCGGAGCAGAUGAGGAGUUCAACCUGACGGAUACGGCAUGGAGCUUGGUCACAAGCCUGAUUGCGAAACAGCCCGUGCGACUCCAAUUGCAAACCCAUCUCCAGCAACAUCCUUUCUUCCACGAUUACUCCUUCUCGCACCUCCGAACUCCCACCUCGCCCACCCCACCCUUCAUUCCAGCCCUCAAAUCCUCGAUCGACACGACCUACUUUGACGACUUUAGCGAUCCGAAAGACAUGGCGAUGUACAAGGAGGUCCAAGAUCGAAUGAAAGAGAUGGAAAAGAAGAAGAAUGAAGCUGCCACGAACCCAGCAUCGGGCGUGCAGAAGGAGCUGAGGAAUGCGUUUGUUGGGUUUACAUUCAAGCAUAAGGAAGCGAAUGAUUGGGAUAAAGUAGAUGACGGAACGUAUACGGGUAUGCAUUCAAGGACAUGGCGGUUCUUUGCAAUUUUAACUAUCUAUUAACAAAGUCUGUCUUUUGCAGGCAGCACGAUGUUCUGAUGCCCCUGAUAGCGGCCUUACGGGCAGAAAUUGGGCAAGCCACAAGGCUAUAGUGCUCUCAUCAAUCCACCAAUGCUGACCUUUGAACACAAUGUAAUAUGAAAGUUCAAAGGAAGAGGCGGUUAUUCCCUGUACAUGCGUCGCCAGUCGUGCUCUGCAGAAUAGACCACUGACACAUCACUGUUCGGCCUGUUGGCGUCGUCU